AUGAGGAGUCUACUUUUCCUGGUGCUGAUUUCUUUCUGCUGGGCUGACCAUCAUGCUGCCAACUUCACUCUGGAGCAUGACAGAAUUAUUCACAUCCAUGCAGAAAAUGGACCUCGCCUUUUUGUGGAAGCAGAACAAACUAAACUCUUCUCACAACGGGGUGGCAAUGUCACACUGCCAUGUAAAUUUUACCGUGACCAUGCAUCAUCUGACUCAGGAUCCCAUAAAAUUCGGGUCAAGUGGACCAAACUCACCUCAGAUUACCUCAAAGAAGUGGAUGUUUAUGUUGAAAUGGGAUACCACAAAAAGAGCUAUGGAAAUUACCAGGGAAGAGUCUUCCUGCGAAAAAGCACAGAAAAUGAUGCCUCUCUUGUAAUCAAUAAUAUAAUGCUGGAGGAUUAUGGGAAAUACAAAUGUGAGGUGAUUGAAGGAUUAGAAGAUGACACAGCUGUUGUCUCUCUAGAUUUACAAGGUAUUGUAUUUCCCUACUUUCCACGCCUGGGCCGCUAUAACCUAAACUUUUAUGAGGCCCAGAAAGCCUGCCUGGACCAAGAUGCAGUUAUAGCUUCAUUUGACCAAUUGUAUGAAGCAUGGAGGUCAGGUCUAGACUGGUGCAAUGCAGGCUGGCUCAGUGACGGGUCAGUGCAGUAUCCCAUCACAAAUCCCAGGGAACCUUGUGGAGGAAAGAACACAGUGCCUGGAAUCCGGAAUUAUGGUUUCUCCAACAAAGAUCAAAACAGAUAUGAUGUCUUCUGUUUUACAUCACAUUUUAAUGGCCGUUUUUAUUACCUAAUACAUCCAACCAAACUGACCUAUGAUGAAGCCGUGCAAGCCUGCCUCAAAGAUGGUGCACAGAUUGCUAAAGUAGGCCAAAUAUUUGCAGCCUGGAAGCUUCUAGGAUAUGACCGCUGUGAUGCCGGCUGGCUGGCUGAUGGCAGCGUCCGAUACCCUAUCUCCAAGCCAAGAAAACGCUGUAGUCCUACUGAAGCAGCAGUCCGCUUUGUAGGCUUUCCAGAUAAAAAGCACAAGCUCUAUGGUGUCUACUGUUUCCGGUCAUACCAGUGAACAUACCUACCGCACAGCAAUUUCCAAUCCAUCAAG